UUUUCAGGCAGACGGAACGCGCGUGUGCUUUUCGCUGGUCAGUCUUUCUUGGUGCUCUCGCCAUCCCAUCGUCUUAUAUCGUCGCUGUGCUGCCCGCUAGGAGCAGACCCUUCUUCCACAAAUCGGAACGAUAAUCAGCAAUGGCCUUAAGCCGUAUCUACUCAACUAAGCUGGCAUGUGCCACUAACAAGAAUGUCCUGCCAGCGAUCGCAACGUUCGUGCGCAACGCAUCCGACAGCACAGACCUGAAGGCUGUCCUGGUCGAGAAGAUCCCGAAAGAGCAGGAGCGCAUCAAGAAUUUCCGCAAACAGCAUGGCGCGACGAAAGUCGGCGAAGUCACCGUCGACAUGAUGUACGGUGGUAUGCGUGGCAUCAAGGGUUUGGUGUGCGAAACGUCCGUUCUUGACCCCGACGAGGGCAUUCGUUUCCGCGGCCUGUCGAUUCCCGAGUGUCAAAAGGUGCUCCCGAAGGCGCCAGGUGGUCAGGAACCGCUGCCCGAGGGUCUGUUCUGGUUGUUGAUUACCGGCGAUGUGCCGUCGAAGGCCCAGGUUGAUGCAUUGUCGCGCGAGUGGGCUAACCGGGCCGCGCUCCCGUCGCACGUGGUGACGAUGCUGAACAACAUGCCGACGACGCUGCACCCGAUGUCGCAGCUGAGCUGCGCCGUGACCGCCCUGAACCACGAGAGCAAGUACGCCAAGGCGUACUCGGAGGGCGUGCACAAGAGCAAGUACUGGGAGUACGUAUACGAGGACAGCAUGGACCUGAUCGCCAAGCUGCCCGUCAUAGCGGCCACCAUCUACCGCAACACGUACCGCGACGGCAAGGGCAUCGGGGCGAUCGACCCGAAGAAGGAUUGGUCGGCCAACUUCACCAAGAUGCUCGGUUACGAGGACGAGAAGUUCACCGAGCUGAUGCGCCUGUACCUGACCAUCCACAGUGACCACGAGGGUGGCAACGUGUCGGCCCACACCGUCCAUCUGGUUGGGUCGGCCCUCAGCGAUCCGUACCUGUCGUUUGCGGCCGGCAUGAACGGUCUGGCCGGGCCGCUCCACGGUCUCGCCAACCAGGAGGUGCUGGUGUGGCUGCAGAAGCUGCGCAAGGAGCUGGGCGACAACGCGAGCGAGGACAAGGUGAAGGAGUUCAUCUGGAAGACGCUCAAGUCGGGCCAGGUGGUGCCCGGGUACGGUCACGCCGUACUGCGCAAAACUGACCCGCGCUACACUUGCCAGCGCGAGUUUGCCCUCAAGCACCUGCCCAACGAUCCGCUGUUCGGACUGGUUUCGAACAUCUACAAGGUCGUCCCGCCAAUCCUCACCGAGCUGGGCAAGGUGAAGAACCCGUGGCCGAACGUAGACGCUCACUCGGGCGUGCUGCUGCAGUACUACGGGCUGAAGGAGAUGAACUACUACACCGUGCUGUUCGGCGUGUCCCGCGCCCUGGGCGUGCUGGCCUCGCUCGUGUGGGACCGCGCUCUCGGACUGCCCAUCGAGCGCCCCAAAUCGAUGUCCACCGACGGACUGAUCAAAGCGACCUCCAAGUAAAUUUACGCCACAUAACUCCACCAAACCACCACCACCCGCGCAUCUGCCCUCAAAACCUUUUUAAACAUAAGUAUCACCGCUAGAGAGAGAAAGGGGGAGAGAGAGAGAGAGAAACAGACAGGAGUAAUUUAACGAACAAAAUACAAAAAAAAACAGAUCACAAACUGCUCGCCACCGCCGCGCGCGCUACCUUAACGAAUCGAAGCAAAAGAAACCAUGCGCCAAUAACAACAGCAACAACGGAUGAUUCCACAAGCAGCACACACAUCGGAACCACGACGAACACAGCUCAAGGGUCAUACACUUUUCUCGUGGAGAGAAACCCGCGCAAUGGCCUUCGCUGAUCAGCGCACGCAACGUACAAGAGAAUACAACCAAAAACUUACCAAACUUUGCGCGAUCGGUGAUCGGGCAAGUAGUAGCGGAACCCGCCACGCCCGUAACACCGGUGGCCUGCGAAAGGAAACCGGAGAGGAGAGCCCCGGACGACAAAGAAGUAACAUAUGAUAAUAAUAGCCUCUCUCGUAGAGAGCACCACAGAAAACUAGGACAAAAGCUGGAACACACAAAACAAGCCAAAAAGGGGUGAGACGGUGGUCAAAAAGAAAAAACAAAAGGACAACAGCAGCGCGCACCGCCGGACGACGAGACAGACACGCGGGGGGGCGCGCGGGUUCUGGAAUCGCGAGCCAGCGAUGAUUGUGACUUAAUACUUAGCGACCCCGCGAGAAGUGACGGCGGCGGCGGCGGCACACGGCGAGUUGCUCGCGUUAGUGUUCAUUGCGAGUGCGGUGAGAGAGCGGUGUGGCCGCGUUUCUGAGAAGUAGUUCCUUACCAUUUUCCGUUACUCUCCGCUCGAUCGUAGAUCAUGUACAUUAGUUUGUUGUAAGCAGCGUACUUAGCAACUUAAUUAGCUCUAGGGGGCACACGCGGCAGUGGUGUAUGCGCCGCAACGCUUUCCACGAACCUCGUCCUGCCGUUCCGUCUCGUCCCGUCCCGCUUCCGUUCCGCGUCCCGCCGGGCGCCGGGUAUCCUCUUCGUGCCACACACACACACACACUUUCGUGUGUAACGCUCUACCUCGGGAACCGUGCGUGCGAGUGCGUGUGUUCCGUUGCCAUGGGAACACUCUUAGCGAGAGGUGUGCCUUGGUGCAAGCAAUCGGAAGUGCGUGAACGUUGUGCUGCAUAUCUGUUCUUUUUACCGUAGGAUAAUGACCAUUGAUUAUUAUUUAUUGCUUCUGAGGUAGUAGAAAAUGGUUCGGCUCACGAGUUCGGUGGCCCCUCAUAUGGUUUUGUUUGGAUGCGUUCGAGGGGGGGAUCGAGAUCCCAUCGUCAGCUUUCCAUCCUCGUUUGCUUCGAUUAACUCAUGAGCCGCCGCGGUAUGAUUGUGAUUUGCAAGAGCGAGAGAGAGAGAGGGAGAAAUAAACUUAAUAGACAGAUUUGACCACCCAAGAAUCCACAACGAGAACCCGCGCCACGCGCUGCUGCUGCUGCUGCCGUUAGAGUAGAGCUCGUUGAUUGACUUUGUCCCCGUUUAGCACGCGUGAAAUUAGUGGGCCCGAAAGCAUUCUCUUCGCAUCGGCACAAUAAAGUUCAAACGACAAUACAAAUGGA